AAAGCGCCAAGGCACAUGCGUCAGUUGGAAGAGAAGUGCGCAGGAAAAUGUCCAAUGGCUACUCAGUACGCACCAAGUCUGCGCUCCCGUCUGGCACCUUUGCUGCUUUUUCUGCAGAUAGGGUUCAUAUUCAUAUACUCAUUUUACAUUGAGAUUGAAAGUCAUGUAAAAGAAGACGGGAUAACCUUCGGCAAUUUUUACGCUGAGUUCCAGGAUGUUAAUGUGAUGGUGAUUCUAGGUUUUGGCUUAUUGGGCACUUUUCUAGUGCGAUAUGGUUUCAGUGGCUUGGGGUUCAACCUCCUCGUGGCUGUCAUGGCCACCCAAUGGGCAAUCAUACUCAAUGGAAUUGAGUCCUGGUAUUACAGAGGAAUGAUCAGGAUAAAUUUGAGAAGCUUAGUGGUUGCUGAGAUGUGCUCAGCCUCUGCCCUGAUUUCAAUUGGUGCCGUGCUGGGGAAGACCAACCCUGUCCAGCUCGUCCUCAUCGCCCUGCUAGAGGUGUCAGGGUUUGUCCUGAAUGGAUGGCUCCUCCAGACUCUCCUAAAGGUCCAGCCUCUGAAGAGCAUCAUGCUGCUUCACAUCUUUGGGGCCUUCUUUGGACUUACGAUGACCUGGAUCCUGAAUCGGAAAGGAUCCGAGCAGCAAUUGGAAAAAGAGAAAUUUGACCGCAAAACAGGAUUAUUUUCUAUGUUGGGUACUAUGUUCAUGUGGAUGUUUUGGCCUAGUUUCAAUUCGGUCCUUGUGGACAAUGAUACUCCUGGGAGGAGGCUGGGGGCUGUGUUCAGCACCUACCUGGCCCUGGCUGUCAGUGCUGUAACAGCAGCUGCUGUGUCGGCGCUCUGCAGCCCCAAGGGAAAACUCAACCCGAUCCAUAUGCAGUCAAGCAUCCUUGCUGGUGGCGUUGCUGUUGGGGUUUCCAUGUCAGUGGUUCAUCAGCCAUGGGAAGCCAUGACAAUCGGAUUAACUGCUGCUCUUGUAUCAACUAUUGGAUUUCGAUAUCUCAAGAUCCACAUGCUGCUUGCAUUCAAGUGCCAUGACACCUGCGCUGUCCUGAGCACACAUGGACUCGCAGGUCUACUGGGAUGGCUAGCCCAUCUCCUCCUACAGAUUAAAAACUGUGAUGAUCACACAAUGGCAAUCCGGUUUGCUGUAUUUCACAUCUGCACUCUCUUCAUCACCAUCAGUCUAAGUCUGUCCAUGGGAAUCAUUACAGGGCUAUUACUUAAGUGGAAAUUUUGGAGGCCGCCCCAAGACAAGAAAUGUUUUGACGAUCAGGCUUUCUGGGAGUUUCCCCAGCUUGCCGUGUACAAGUAAGAUGGAGAAAGAAGUAGAUCAAGUCUGAUCCUGGAAGUACAAACUAUUUUUGGUGUUCAUUCAUAUCAAUGUAUAUAACCUGAUCAAAGUCAUUAUAUGUUGUUUUAUGUGUAAGUCUGGGAUUCAAAAAUGUAAAUUAAAAAGCAUGGAAGCAUGAAUGCAAGAGUCCUUUAUCUCCCAAUAUGUUUUUGUUUAAUGGUCAUCAGAAACUGACCUCACGGUUUGGAUGUUACACAAGCAAGCAAAGUGUGCAGUCAAAUACAAAUCUCAAUUCCACGUUCUUCCUUUCAGGUCUAAAACCUUUGUUUACUUAAUGUCAGCAGUGUCAACUAGUGAGCCUUCAACAAUAAAUCUGGAUGACUGCAAAGUUUCAGUGCUGACA